GCAUUCAAACAGAGCCCGCCUCCUUUGUUAGGAUUGGUUAGUGCUAUUUGGAUACUGCUCAUUGAUUGGCUGUCUGCUAAACUACCUGUAACGCUAUCCAAUCCGCUUUUUGAGUUUGAGCUAACAGCUAAUCACAGACGAGGAGGCGGGAUUAGUAGGAAUACGGGUGGGAAAAGUUUUAAGGUGACGUGAAUGUGAAAUACAGCAAUCAUUUGCAAUGAUUUUAUAACGUAAUUUUUGUGUUUGUAGUUAAAUCGCCGUUGGUAUAGGACAGGACGAGGGUUAGUAAAAUUAUUUUUGAUAAGUAUGUUUAAAAUGUUUGUGUAGUGUAGGUGUAGUAGGUGACUUGGUUGUAGCCCGCAGUAUGUUUGCACGUAAAGGAGUGUGUGGAUCAGUGCCAUGCGUGUUUCUGGGCUUUAAAACAUGCAGAAGAGCUUCUGAGAGCAGAGCCAGGCUGGUGUUAGGCAUCGAGACGAGCUGUGAUGAGACAGGAGCUGCUGUUCUGGACGAGACUGGGACAAUCCUCGGAGAAUCUUUACACUCCCAGAAAGACGUGCACUUGAAGGCAGGAGGGAUCGUUCCGCCCGUCGCCCAGCGCCUCCAUAAAGAGAACAUUAGCAGAGUGGUGCAGGAAGCUUUGGACAGGAGCGGCGUUACACCGCGUGACCUCACCGCCGUGGCCACGACGGUCAAACCGGGUCUGGCGCUGAGCCUCGGUGUCGGCUUACACUUCAGCCUGAGUUUCGUAAGACAACACGAAAAGCCUUUCAUCCCCAUCCAUCACAUGGAGGCCCACGCUCUGACUGUGAGGAUGCUCCAGCACGUGGAGUUCCCGUUUCUGGUGCUGCUCGUGUCAGGAGGUCAUUCUCUCCUGGCGCUGGCGAGAGGCAUCGAUGAGUUCUUACUGUUAGGGCAAACGCUAGACGAGGCUCCAGGAGACACUCUGGACAAGGUCGCGAGACGCCUGUCUCUCAUUAAGCACCCGAAGUGUCGUGGUCUCAGUGGCGGACAAGCCAUCGAGCUGUUAGCGAAAGAAGGAGAUCGACUGCAGUUCCAGUUUAAAUCGCCGAUGGGGCAGCACUACGACUGCAACUUCUCCUUUGCUGGCGUUCGCAACCAAGUGACGAUGGCUAUAAACAAAAAAGAAAAGCAGGAGGGCGUCGGGCCGGGGCAGUUGUUAUCCUGUGUGCAGGACAUCGCUGCAGCAGCGCAGCACACCGUCGCCUCGCACAUCGCCAAACGCACACACAGGGCCAUUUUAUUCUGCAAAGCCCGUGGCCUUUUACCACGAAACAACCCGACUCUGGUCGUAUCAGGAGGAGUAGCAAGCAACGAAUACAUAAGAGAGACACUCAGGAUCGUCACUGACACCACGGGACUGCAGUUACUCUGUCCUCCGGCUAAAUUCUGCACGGAUAAUGGAGUGAUGAUCGCAUGGAACGGUGUGGAGAGACUAAAGGAGGGAAAAGGGGUUGUGUCUCACACUCAGGACGUCACGUAUGAGCCAAAAGCUCCACUGGGCAGAGAUAUCUCUGCAGAGGUGAGAGAUGCUGCGAUCAAGCUUCCUGCGUUAAAGCUAAAGAUAAAAAGCUAGGAUUGCAUUUAAUAGUGUAAUUGUCAUUUAGAAAAUAAAAUGUAUAUAAAAAUA